CAACACUUGCAACUUCUGUACCGCGCCAUCCAGCUACCCUGAUGGACUCGUUAUCAACAUAUUUGGAAAUAUUUUUGCAGUCACCACCGGACUUGCAUGAGUCCACAGACGACACAUCCUGCCCUAUUGACGAGGAACAUUAUUCUGGUUCUGGCCAAGUCGCGUUUUGCACCAUAUCAUAAUCCUUUUCACACGAGGCUUGACAUACUAUCAUUGUUGGCACUGCUGGCCUUCUACUGCCCCCCUGGCAUGACCCAACUUCCCCCCCUGCCCGCGACACGACUCAUCUUUUGGAAUGAGUACAGUGCGCUCGCUGCUCGUACGGUGUUGUCUAUUCAUCGAUCUUCUUGUACCAUCCUUUACUUCACCACUUCGUUCAUCUUGCCGUCUGCAUCUCUGGGGAUGUGUGGUGGCUCCUAUUAUCUAAUCCCCUCUUGUCCGUCAUACGACUCAUCUUUUGGUAGAUGCGAUGGACUCACUGCUUGUACAACAUCACUCAUUUUCGACAUUCGUGCAAUCCAGCUACUUUUUGUCUUGAACUUUUCCUUUUCUGAAUAUUGUGGUUCUAUCUAUCAUUAUUUCUCACUUGCAUCGCCGUC